AUCGUCAUCAUCUUCAUUGUCAUCAUCAUAAGCAUCAUCAUCAUCGUCAACAUCAUUAUUGUUACUCUUAUUAUUCUCGUUUGCUCGCCUUUUGUUGUGCGCCCUUCCGUGCCCGCGGCUACAUAUAUUUAUAUAUAUGUGUGUGUGUGCGCGCGCGCGCGACCCUGUGUGAGCGCGUUCGUGUACAGGCGCCGCCGAGGAAGAGGAGGAUCCUCGGACACUGUCGACGGCGGUGCUCUGGCCCGCGAAAUCAGCCAAACUGGAUAGGCUACCCGAGUACCUCCGCGAUACCGUCGACUGGUUUAUGGGAUACGAGAAGCGCAAUCGGCAUUAUAAUCCAUGUGGGCUAUGCUAGAUAGCAGCACUUGAGCGCCCGAUAGGAGACCGGGACCGAGGUGUUAAUUGGGGUUCUGAGAGAACGAGAGAGCGAGAGGGAUUUAACGAGGGAAUCGUGGAGGGAAUUUUGAAGCUCGGCAUGCUUCGUUCGCCGGCGCGCGGGGUCGUCGCCAUAUUGGGAUCGUCAUCAGCGCCAACGACACCGGUCCACCACGCCACAUCCGGUACCUCCGGCAAUAGCGCCGCGCACUCGCGACUCUCUCUACUCGACACAUGUCAUCGGAAAAUACGAUUCUUCAGUGAACUUGUCGCAAAAGCCCGACGAAAGGAAAAGGAUGCGGGAACAACGGAAGAUCCAAAGCUCUAUCUAGAGGAAGCGGCUCUCGAGAGGCAGCUUCCCGACGUUGACCUGAGAGUAUUAGUCGAUCUACCUCCGGGUCUCGAUUACAACGAGUGGUUGGCCUCGCACACUCUGGCACUCUUCGACCAUAUCAAUCUCGUUUACGGCACUAUCUCCGAGUUCUGCACCCCCACUGGAUGUCCCGACAUGACUGGACCGGGCUUAAGAACGUAUUUAUGGUUUGACGAAAAAGGUAAGAAGACUAGGGUGGCGGCACCGCAGUAUAUAGAUUAUGUGAUGACCUUUACUCAGCGGACUGUCAGCGAUGAAACUAUAUUUCCUACAAAAUACGCAAACGAAUUUCCCAGUUCGUUUGAGUCAAUAGUGCGUAAAAUCCUGCGGCUACUUUACCACGUCGUGGCACACAUAUAUCACUGCCACUUCCGGGAGGUGGCACUUUUGGGGUUACAUAUACACCUCAAUUGUGUUUUCGCCCACCUUACGCUUCUUAAUCAGCGCUUUAAUCUUAUCGAUACUAAGGAAACUGAAAUCCUUGGUGACUUAGAAGCUGCACUUUUAGGUGAUUCAGCAUCCGGAACUUCACAAACGUCAGGCGCCUCGGAAGUUUCAACAACAUCGAGCACCUAAAAUUUUUAAAACUGAGAGUAAGGCCAAAGGCUCCAGUUCCUUGAGAUUAGAUCAUCAUGAUAUGCCUUUGUCUCUCUGUUACUCUGUUGUCUAAUUGAUGCUGAAGAAAUUACUUCAUCAAGGCUACUGCGCACUGCGAAACGCAUGACGGUAGAAAAAGGAAAGCAUCCUUCUACAUACAGAAAGGAAUAUAACAAUUAAAUUAAAAAAAAAAAAAAAAAAAAAAAAAAAA